AUGUGGCUCCUUUCAACCAUCGCUACCGCGUCUAUCGCUCUCGGUGUCGGCGCCAACGCCGCGACCACCCAGAAAGUCAUUCCCGUUCCUUUCAGCAAACCGACGUCGAGGCUCCCAGCGCUUCGCGGCCGCGCCGGCACGUAUUCACAAGAGUUAAACAACAACCUGACUGGAGGGGGAUAUUAUGCCCAAGUCACUUUAGGGACGCCGCCUCAGACGGUCGACCUCGUGGUCGAUACGGGGAGCAGCGAUGUCUGGGUGCUUGCAUCAAGUGCGAACCUCUGCCAGUCUAAAUCGAUGCAAUCGUACUACGGAUAUUGCUUGUCAACUUAUGAUCCGUCCAAGAGCUCGACAUAUUCCGUCGUGUCGCAAGAUAGCUUCAGCAUCCGUUAUGUGGAUGGCUCGGGCGCCCAGGGCGAUUAUAUUCGGGAUAACUUUAGUAUCGGAGGCGCUGAUAUUGAGGCUUUACAGAUGGGCCUUGCCGAAAAUUCCACCAUCAAUUCUGGUCUUCUGGGUAUAGGUUUUGCCGCCAAUGUUGCCGCGCGCACUCCCUAUCCCAACAUUAUGAGUUUGUUCCAGAGCCAAGAUUUAAUCGCCGUUCAAGCUUAUAGCUUGUACCUGGAUGAUCUAUAUGCCGAGACCGGAACUAUACUGUUCGGUGGUUUAGACACGGAAAAGUUCAUCGGCGAGCUCAAAAUCGUCCCAAUACAACCCGAUCGCUAUGGCAAUUAUUCGUCUUUCACCGUCUCUCUUUCGUCCGUGGCCACAACCGACGACAAUGGCACGGUGACCAACUACACUCAGACUGCCGUCCCUGUUAUCCUCGAUUCGGGCACGACGUUGACCUACCUCCCGUCUAGCACGGCGAACCGCAUCUUCCGUGCUUUUGACGCGGUAGACGAUACUUCUGGAACUGGGCUGGUCUUUGUCAGCUGUGACUACUUGAGCAACGAUAAGAACCUUACAUUUGACUUCCGUUUUGGUGGUAGCAAUGGCCCUAUCGUGCGGGUUCCUAUCGAUGAGAUGGUUCUAGAUAACGUGCAGGGCUAUAUAGAGCUAGGCCUAGACGUACCGUCGCUACCUUUCGAUAAUGUUUGUAGCUUCGGUCUACAACCAAAUUCGGACUACUACCUUCUAGGAGAUACAUUUCUCCGUUCUGCCUACGUGGUUUACGACCUCACAAACAAGCAGAUUGGAUUAGCCCAGGCCAACCUGAAUAGCACCGAGAGCAACAUCGUCGAGGUCACCGAGUCCGGCAUCCCCAAAGCCAGUGGUGUCGCCUCUCAGAUUCCAGCGCAGCAGACGACUACGAGCGCCGGGAACGCCGGGACCGCCACCUCCACAAGCUCGCCAACGGGUCAGAGCGGCAGCAAUGUUGGUACCAGGGCAGUACCAGAACCUGGUUGGAAAGCUCUGAUCAUAACCGCUGUGGCGGGUAUGGGUGGGUUAUUAGUCGGCGCUGGUCUUGUUAUCUCAUAG